CAAAACAUAAGACAAUGAAAAACAGAUGGUGAAAAAGGCAAAUUAAACACAGAAUUCAUGUGAUCACAGAAGAGCAAAUUUAGAAAAGAAAAAAAAAAAAAAAGAGGAGUAAAUUAUGGUUGGGAAACAGCUAAGGUUGAACUUGUUUCUUAUAACAUUUUUAUGAGAAAUGAUUCAAUUCCUCAGUACUCCCUGAUGAAAUAGGUUGAGGACCAAAUGUUUUUUCCUCAGUGGAGCUGUCUGUUUUCACUUUGGUGUUAAAGAGAAGUGCAACUGCUGUUGCGAUGAUGGAAAAAGCCUUACUGAAGAUAGAUAAAAGAGCAACUUUCUACCUGAUUUUUGGUUCCACAGUCACUAGUAAACUGAGAAUCCCAGCCUGGUUUCUUAAGCAUAUUUCCGAAGAAUCACCUGAUAAAGCAACUCUGAAGUGUCUUUCUGGAGGCACUUGGAAUGUAAAACUACGGCGUGAUGAAGAUAGUUUGCUUGUACGCAAAGGUUGGAAGAAAUUUCAGAAACAUAACCAACUAGAAGAAGGGGAACUUCUCGUAUUUAGGUACGAUGGCACUCUGAAAUUUACAGUAAGAAUUUUCGGCACGAAUGGACUAGAGAGAGAAGUGAAGACACCAACCAUGGACAAAAAUAAAAAAGCUUCAAUAUAUGAUGGGGGCAGGAAGCGAAAAAGACCAGAAAAAUACCCUUACAGUUCCAAAUUCCCUAAACAGACACAUGUUAACGGUGAAAAUGGCACAGAAUAUGAAACUCCACGAAAAAGAGAUGCAGUUGAGAAAGCAGAGGACCUUCUCACUCCAAAUAUUCCUCAAUUUGUGAAAUGUUUGAAAGGCUACAAUGUGAAUAAGUCCUGUUUCUUGUAUGUCCCAAAGUCCUUCUAUGAACAACUUUCAAAAUCAGACAAUAAGACAACAGUCAUUCUCCGUAAUUCAGAAGGAAAAGAGUGGAGAGUGAAUUGUGUAUCACAAAAAGGAUAUUGUGCUUUCUGUGGCGGAUGGAAACAGUUUGCGAGUGAUAACAAGCUUAAGCAAGGACAUGUCUGUGUUUUUCAGCUUGUCAAUGCAAAUGAACUGAAGGUCUCCUUUUUCCACGAUCCUUCGGAAUACCUGUUGAAAGAAGAAGAAAAGGAAAGGGAAACAAUAAUGUGCAAGAAAAAGAAGCCACGUUCAAAAGGUAGAUGCGUGGAAGAAAAAGAAGAAGAUGAUGAUGAUGAGGAGGAAUAUGAAGAAGAAGAAGAGGAGGACGAAACUGAGGAGGAAGAGGAAGAUGAGACUGAAAGGGUCCCACGUUCAAAACGCAUACACGUGGAAGAGGAAGAUGAUGAUGAAGAGGAGGGAUAUGAGGAACAAACUGAGGAGGAGGAGGAGGAGGAGGAAGAGGAAGAAGAGACUGCAAGGGCUGGCGUAUUCAAGAAAAAGUCGCCACGUGUAAAAGCUGGAUGCAAAAGAGUCACUGUUUGCAAGUUGAAGGAUUUCCAUGACCAAUAUGGUGCAGAUAUAUUCAAAAGUGGACGUGCAACUCAGCCAAAAAAUCCUUACUUUGUUGCGAAAAUACGAACAAAAAGGAGAGACCAACUGUAUGUUCCGGUUGAUGUGGUGAGAGACUACAAACUUGAAAUCCCUCCAAAAAUGAUCAUUCGCGACGCUGCUGGCAGAGAAAUUGUGGCAAAACUCAAGAAUUGGAAGGACGGUAGAAAAUGGUUACAAGGCGGAUGGCGCAAUUUAUGCAGAUGGAACCUUGUGGAGAAAGAUGACAGGUGCAUUUGCGAAUUUGUGAAAGGAAAAGGCAAAAAAGGCCUUUACUUGCAAGUUCAAUUUCUCCAUGAAGGAGCAAGUUCCCAACCCUGACAGAGUGGAAAGUUAAUUGUAUAAGACAAAAAGGAUAUCGCGCUUUCUGUGGAAGAUGGAAACAGUUUGUGAGUGGUAACAAGCUUAAGGAAGGGCAUGUCUGUGUUUUUCAGCUUGUCAAUACAAAUGAACUGAAGGUCUCCGUUUCUGACGACCUGCCUGAAACUCUGUUGAAACUUGCUGCAUAAAUAUAGUGCAAGAAUAACCAUGAAAUAAAUCUAAAUAUUCAACUUCAUGCUAUUGUGUGUAACUGCUUAACAAUGACUACCUUUUUCUCAUUUUCCGUUUUCUGUAGUAAGUUGAGUUCUUUAACUUCUUAGGUUCAGUACAAUAGUUUGUCUAUUCCAUUAUAAGAGAUGUAGUAAUGCUGAUUUCAUUGCUGAAAAUGAUGCACAAAAUGUCUAGAUCAAAACUUUUCCAGAGCGCAAAUUCACCUAGAGUUCUCUGGUGCAAAUACUGUCUCAUAUAGUCAGUGGCGGAUAUAGCAUAUGGUCAAUGGUUUCAAUUGAAUCCAACUUUUUCGAUGCCGAGUAUAGA